AUGCACAAAGCAGCCAAAGCCAGAGGCCCCAGAUGCUACCAGUCUGAACACAACCGCUCCUCUUUGGACCUUAGAGUGCCAAGCCCCAUGAUUGGCACCCAGGCAUACAACGGUGUGGGACACGAGCGGAAGGUCCAGCUGGUCGCCGACAGGGAUCACUUCAUCCGAACUCUCAGCCUCAAGCCGCUGCUCUUCGAAAUCCCUGGCUUCCUAAGUGGUGAGGAGUGUCGGCUCAUCAUCCACCUGGCACAGAUGAAGGGGUUACAGCGCAGCCAGAUCCUGCCCACGGAAGAGUACGAAGAGGCAAUGGGCACGAUGCAGGUCAGCCAGCUGGACCUCUUCCGGCUGCUGGACCAGAACCGCGAUGGUCGCCUGCAGCUCCGUGAGGUCCUGGCCCAGACUCGCCUAGGAAAUGGACGGUGGAUGACACCAGAGAAAAUUCAGGAGAUGUACUCUGCAAUCAAAGCUGACCCUGAUGGUGAUGGAGUACUGAGCCUGCAGGAGUUCUCCAACAUGGACCUUCGGGACUUCCACAAGUACAUGAGGAGACACAAGGCAGAGUCCAGUGAGCUGGUGCGGAACAGCCACCACACGUGGCUCUACCAGGGGGAAGGUGCCCACCAUGUCAUGCGCGCCAUCCGCCAGAGGGUGCUGCGCCUCACUCGCCUGUCACCUGAGAUCGUGGAGCUCAGCGAGCCCCUGCAGGUUGUGCGGUACGGAGAGGGAGGCCACUACCAUGCCCAUGUGGACAGCGGGCCUGUGUACCCGGAGACCAUCUGCUCCCAUACCAAACUGGUAGCCAACGAGUCUGUACCCUUUGAGACCUCCUGCCGCUACAUGACAGUGCUGUUUUAUUUGAACAACGUCACCGGUGGGGGAGAGACUGUCUUCCCUGUAGCAGACAACAGAACCUACGACGAAAUGAGUCUGAUUCAGGAUGACGUUGACCUCCGUGACACUCGCAGGCACUGUGAUAAGGGAAACCUGCGUGUCAAGCCCCGGCAGGGCACAGCAGUCUUCUGGUACAACUACCUGCCUGAUGGGCAAGGCUGGGUGGGCGACGUGGACGACUACUCGCUGCACGGGGGCUGUCUGGUCACGCGUGGCACUAAGUGGAUCGCCAACAACUGGAUCAACGUGGAUCCCAGCCGAGCGCGGCAGGCGCUGUUCCAGCAGGAGAUGGCACGCCUGGCCCGCGAAGGUGGCGCCGACUCGCAGCCAGAGUGGGCCCUGGACCGCGCCUAUCGCGACGCGCGCGUAGAGCUCUGAGGAAAGUGCCGGCCCUGGCCCCCAGCCGCAGGUCGCGCACCGCCCAAGGUCGGGGGCCUUGCCGUCCUCCUGUCCAUCUGCAGGCCAAAGGCCUGGCCGACGUCUUGCCUCAUCCCCGCCUCCAGCCGCGAUUAGGGCACAGCUCCUAUACCCAUGUUAUUUAUUGCGUACAGACCAUGCUGCCCCGAUGAAUAAAAGCACACUCCUUUGA